CAUAGUGGCAUUGUGGCGAUGGCAAUGGCAAAAUCUCGGAUUUCUCGCCGUAUGGUAUGGUACGGCAGACAGAGUACAUGAAAAGUGGUUUUGCUUUGCUUGGUCGUCUCCAAAUUGACCAUGGCAAUCCAAUCCUAUUCUUACUCGGGUCGGGGGUCAGAGCGCACCGCAUAUCGCAUCAUUUUUUUCGGGCAAUCCAAUCGUAUAGGUUUCCACUACAUACUUUCCCAUUUUUUUCUUACACUUUGGUUCUAUAAAACGCCGCACAUGACGUCGAAAGUCACCCCGCUAUCGCAGCAAUCCAAAAUCCCCAACCCAACCCAACCCAACCCAACCGCACUAUCACGCCACUCUUCGCCCGCCCGCCCGCCGCCGGAAUCGCCAUCGCCCGACCGCCGCCGCGUUCGUGUCCCCACAGGCGGCUUCUCUCCCUGCAUCACCAUGGGUUCUGACUUCAAGGCAAUCCCCUUGAUCGACAUUAGUCCCCUUGUCGGAAAGAUUGAUGAUCCGAGCAUGGUCAAUGACGAGGAUUUGCUGCAAGUUGUGCAAAUGUUGGACGAUGCCUGCAGGGAGGCUGGAUUCUUUUAUGUGAAAGGCCAUGGGAUUGCUGACUCGCUAAUGAAGCAAGUUAGGGAUGUGACACAGAAGUUCUUUCAGCUUCCUUAUGAGGAAAAACUCAAGAUUAAAAUGACACCUCAGAGUGGAUACAGAGGGUACCAAAGAGUUGGUGAAAAUAUUACCAAGGGUAAACCUGACAUGCAUGAAGCAAUUGAUUGCUACACGCCUAUUGAACCUGGUAAAUAUGGAGACCUUGCUAAACCAAUGGUAGGAUCUAAUUUGUGGCCCAAAUAUCCAUCAAAUUUUGAUGUACUGCUGGAAAACUAUAUCAGCCUUCUAAGAGAUCUUUCAAGAAAGAUCAUGCGAGGUAUAGCCUUGGCGUUGGGUGCGCCAGUUGAUGCUUUUGAAGGUACAACCGCAGGAGAUCCUUUUUGGGUUUGCAGGCUGAUCGGUUAUCCUGUAUCAACUGAUAUUCCAGAAGAGCAGCGCACUGAUACUGGGUGUGGAGCUCACACAGACUAUGGUCUUCUGACAUUGGUUAAUCAGGAUGAUGACAUAUGCGCCCUUGAGGUCAGAAACCAAUCAGGUGAAUGGAUAUAUGCCAAACCAAUCCCAGGAACCUUCGUCUGCAACAUCGGUGACAUGCUGAAGGUUUGGUCAAACGGAAUAUAUCAGCCAACACUUCAUCGAGUUGUUAACAACUCCCCUCGCUACCGUGUAUCUGUUGCAUUCUUCUAUGAGUCAAACUUCGAUGCUGCCGUAGAGCCUGUUGAGUUCUGCCGGGAGAGAACAGGUGGUGUUGCCAAGUAUGAAAAGGUUGUGUACGGAGAACACUUGGUUCAGAAAGUCUUGACAAACUUCGUCAUGUAAAAUUUGUGGAAAAGAACAUGCAUUGUACUCCAAUGUCUGAUCGCAACAUUCGUCACUAAAAUAAAAUCAUUUGUAAAUUUGUCAUAGCACAGUAGAACAGUCAUAUUGAAGAAUGGAAUGCAUCCUUAAUUGAAAUCACAAGCGAUGUGAAUAAUCUUUUCGUGCA